CAACUCGCCGCGAUGUCGAGCGAAGCGCCGGAUGACGACAAGCUGGAUGGCGAAGAGAAAGGAAACACGGCGUCGAUGAGUGCUCAAGUUCCGACAGGCGGGCGAAAUAACGUCGUGGUGAAGGUUGGCAUGGUCGGAGACGCACAAGUGGGCAAGACAAGUCUCAUGGUCAAGUAUGUCGAAGGCAAGUUCGACGAGGAUUACAUUCACACGCUGGGGGUGAACUUCAUGGAGAAAACAAUCACGCUGCGUAACACCGAGAUCACUUUCAGCAUCUGGGACUUGGGUGGGCACCGGGAAUUCAUCAGCAUGCUGCCGCUGGUGUGCAACGACGCCGUUGCAGUCCUCUUCAUGUUUGACUUGUCACGCAAAGCCACAUUAACCAGCGUCAAAGAAUGGUAUCGACAAGUGCGAGCGAUCAACAAGGUUCGUUCGAUCCGUUGUUCCUUCGAGAGUUCCUCAUUCGAUGACUCACUCAGAACGCGUGCCCGUUCCUGGUCGGCACCAAAUACGAUCAUAUUGCCACGAGCUCCCCAGAAGAGCAGGACGACGUCACAAAGCAGGCGCGAAAGUUUGCCAAGGCCAUGAAGGCUCCGCUAAUUUUCACGUCAGCAUCCCAUGCUGUGAAUGUCCAGAAGGUCUUCAAGAUUGUCCUGAGCAAAGUGUUUGACCUGAAAUGCACCAUUCCACUCAUUCAAAACGUCGGGGACCCCAUUCUCGAGUAUUAGGAGCCUUGAGGAGUCGGUGAUAAGGCGUAGCGGCCAAUUUAGAUUGAAUUCAGACCUCUCGAUGCCGUGCGAACCUGCUGGAGUCAUCCUC